CCCAACAUAACAGGCAAAGAAUGAAAAACAACUCUUUGAGGGCAGGAUAAGUUAUAUCAAAGAACCUGUGGCCUACAAAGAAAAGAGGAAAAGAAGAAGGAAAUAACCGGAGAAAAAUCACAUCAGUUUCUCUAAAGCUGACUUCGGAUGUGGUCCCACAAAUCCUCAAUGGUUGGAUAAGGAAGCCAGCUACACCUAUUUUUCCAUGUAAAAUUCAUCGGGGCGGGCUCUUCAUAAAUAGCCACAUUACUCGAGGCAACAGGUGCGGGCUGUUGCAAAUUUUGUCGAUCUGUUGGGAGGGGAGAAAACGCACAUCGCGAUGCCUACUACACAUUACAUAUACUUCCCCUUAAGUUCCGGCACGCUCUCUGUCAAGGAGCUUGACCAGGCCAAAAUGCGGUGUUUAUCUGGUGCCUUCAUUGCGAAGGGCGAACAGAGAGGCCAGAAUCAAGAAACGGACUGUAUCCUCUGCUUCGAGACCCUCCACCGCGACAUGCGAUUUCGAGAACUACCCUGCCACCACAUCUUCCACAAGCCAUGCAUCGACGCCUGGUUAUCAAAACGCGAUGCAAGCUGCCCCUUGUGUCGGCAGACAUUCUACCACCUGAAGCGGCCGCAAAGUCUCACUGCACCACCCCCGUAUCACCUUUCUCCCUCGCUUGGCUUUACCGUGCCAAGUCCUCUUCGCAGCGAACACUCAUUACCAUCGUCCCCCCCCCCCUCGUCACCGUCGGAGCAGGAAACGACCCGACAAGCGACUGCGCAUUGUAGGGGUCCAUGGGAGGUAUUCAAGUGGUGGAGGAGACACCGACAACGACGGCGGAGGGUGGAGUAUUUGAGGGAUGGGAUUCGGACACCAACGCAACAACAACCAGGCGCCCUUGCUUAAUAGUAAGGGUAAUAUCAUAAAAAAAAAGGGCGUUGGAUGCUUGUUUUGCUCUUUUCUUAGGGAGGGUCCCUAAGGCUAAUUAAACAACGACCGGUAAAAUGUCCUAUGAGGGAUCUCCUUUUGGAUUGGCUUGAAGCACUUAGUGUGGUUCAUUUCGGGCGAGGGCUGCGAAUCUCUGAAGGGAUUUUUUUCCCUCCUGUUUAAUUUUAAUUUUUUAUUUCGACAACCGUUCCGUCAAAAUCCAGGGACGACACAGGUGCGUGAGGUAGCGGGUGCUGGGCGCCUUUUAUAAAGGGUGGUGGAAACUAAACUGAGGAACCAAACUGACUCAUUGGGUGAUAAAGUUUUGGCGCUAAAUAUCUUCCACGGCCGGCUAUUUAUAGCCCUCCAUGUCAAAAAAUAGGUCACUUUGCGUCGUUCAUUAAUUCGUGCGCUUCUUCAUGAGAGGCCUUAAUCUACGGUGUGUAACAUCAUCGCUCGCCUAAGUUAAGUGGGGACAUCUGGCCGUGACUGUAUGUAAUUCCAUUUUAUGAGAUUGCGCUCUUCAGAGGAACAGUGGAAAACAGCAUGUGGGCCAUUCUCCUCGCCAGGAUCGCCACCUCAUACUCCAUCCUUAAGAAAAGAGUUGGGUGGAAGACGGAAAAGACGCGCAAACUCGCUUUAUUAUUUAAAAUGUUGUACAAAUGGCAUGAUUCACGCAUGAGCGGUAGGCCUAGCAAUCUAGAUCAUUAUUUGUACUAAGUAGCUUUGGGUGGAAGACGGAAUCCAAAAAUUUACCCACUAGCACAUGUAUAAGGGCAUAGGGCAUGGUCAGGUGACCCACACAAGC